UGAAAAAGAUAGAGAGCUCCAAUUGGGGUUACAAUUUUGAAUUAAACUGCACCAAAAAGCGCCGUGAAGAGAAUACACCAAAAUAUAAAGUUUUGAGGUUAGAAUGGCGGAAAUGGAUAGACAAAUGGUUCUUUUACUGCCACACCGAUUCGAACAGGAAUAUAAAGCAUCCAGGAACGCGCAAAGCACAGACGAGGAGUUGGCCCGACCAUUCCAAGAACAGUUUGAGCAAGAAGAAGCAGUCGAAAGACCAAAGUCCGAUUGGGUUUAUCAGUUUACAACAUCUGGCCAUAAUUCUCCCAGAUCACUAGUAGAUCUUUUUUAGGAGCUCGUACAUCUCACUCCUGACGUUCAUAAUUUGUUUAUGGUUUUUAAUCAACGGUUUUUCUGGAAUAAAUUGCUGUAUGUAUGUGUGGCUUGGAGCAGACGAAUGACUUCUUGUGCUGGUAUUUGUGCAUACAAUGGUAAAUGAGGAAUGUGUAGAAUAACUUUGAGCGCACCUCUCCUUAAGUUGAGACCCAGGAAAAAUUUGGUGGCGACAGGUCUCCAGAAAAUAAUACACCCAUAUUUGUUUGUUAGUAAUAGGGACCGAGAUGGUCAUGGGCCAGAAUUCCAUAAACACGUGUAUAGGAUUAAUCAGGAGGCAGGUUAGUUGAAUUGAAUGUUGCCUGAAUCAGUUGAAAAUUUGACAGUGUUUUGAGUAAAUUUUAAUCGUGUAAGCAUGUGAUUGUUGAAUAUUGUGUUUGAACUUGGCUAGAAUGUGAGUUUGGCAACGUCUGACUUUCUUUUAAAGAAUCUUGAGUUAUUUAUUAUGUCUGUAUGAGAUAGGGUAUGAUAAAUGCAGAAGUAUAUAUGUAUUUCUAUCUUUUAUUUUUGUGUAUAAAUUUUGCUAGUUUUUUCACAGGAAAUGUUUUAUGUUACAAUGAUGGCAAUUCUGAUCUAACGUAUUAUCACAUAACACGCAUUUCCUACUCACGACAUUCCAUUACCAAAAUCUUAAAAUCUACGAAAUAGGCUCAUGAAACUAAUUAAAAUUAAUCUUAAAAAUCCUCUCAUGCGGUUAAAAACUUAAGAAUAACCUAACAAAUCUCUAAAUAUUUGGGAUACAUUCUAAAACAUAAUAAUAAUACGUGUGUGGUAACUAAGCCUCGAAAACUGCAAUUCGAGUAAUCUACUUAGUCAUUUAUUAAACUCCGAUUGAGUAUUUACAGGCUAGCUAAGUACGCUAAAACCUCUCUACAACGGACAGCUGUGGUGACUAAGAAGGUGUCCGUUAUUGAGAGGUGUCCGUUGGAGAGGUUGAUAAAAAAAUAAAUAUCUAUAUUUGUUGUAUACAUAUAUUGAAAACCUAUUUGAUGUAUGCACAUAUAGACAUUAAAUAUUUAUAUAUACUUUUCCACUUAGUGAAAUAGCCGCCAUUAUUUUCAUUACGAAGUUUCUAUCAUAUUUGCCAGAAACAUACACAUACAUAGGUAACAAUAAGAAGCUUAUCGAAUUACAAAAACUUAGCAGAUUUAAGAAUUUAAACAAAUAAUGAAUUAUUAUUAGUGCAGUGCUGCCGGCAAUCAUUUGAAAGGAUUUAAAAUACAAUUUUAAAAUUAAUUUUUGGGAAAACCGGUAAACCUACAAUGGAUUAAAUGGAAUAACGAGAAAACCAUUAGUAUGUCAUAAUAAUUAUUAUUAUAAUAGGGUGCCGCGGGCGGUACUCAAAAUUAGUUAAUCUGUUAAAAGUGCAUGAGCUGUUUACCAGGUAAAAUCGUAGUAACAAAUAAAUCUGUCCGUUGUGUAGAGGUAAAUUUCUAAGAAAUGUCUAGCAAAUUUUACUGUCCGCGUCUGUUGUUGAGAGGGUCCGUUGUUGGGAGGUUUUACUUCAUUACAUUUCCGUGUCCGUUAAGGGAGGUUUUGCUGUACUAUUAAAACUGCUAAAAACAAUUAAAACGAAAAAUCCAGUGGAAAUCAAAGAAAUCUUCCCCUGAGAAUAAAGAAAAACUAAAACUAACCGGAUUAAAACAUACACUUAAAUCUACGCUGAAAAUAAGACAUUCAAAAAGAGAGAUAAGUAAUUUUUACUUUAAUUAAUUCGCUAAAUACUCUCAUAAUUUUCAAGUUCAUUUAGGCCAAAACUAAAUGCUACUAUAACAGAUGCUUACACUAAUAAUAAUCUUUCUUUUAUUAUCCAAAAUGUUUCCGAAGAUUAAGUUAUAUCUGUAAUGUCAACCUUAGCUAAUAAAUUGACAGCCGGAGAUGAUCUCGUUCCUAGUUUCUUGAUUCAUGAUACUCGAUUUGUCAUUAAGACAGCAACAUUUCCAAAUAAAUGAAAGAUAGAGAAUUGUUCGUAUCUUUAAAAAAUGUGAUUGCCACUUAAUAAAAAACUAUAGACCUAUUUCAGUCCUUUCCAACUUCGCUAAAAUCAUCGAAAUUCUCCGGUUUAUCGAAAUAUCUAUUAUAAUAUUAAGUCAUCUCUCCAUUCACCAACAUGGAUUUCUGCCAGCUCGAUCAACAAUUACCAAUUUAGUAAUAAUUAUACAGUUUAUCUCGCAAGAAUUAGACAGAAAUAAUAAUUAAGUCGAUGUUAUUUAUACUGAUUUUUCUAGCGCUUUUGACUCAAUAGAUCAUUAUACUUUAUUAAAUAAGCUAAGCUGUUUUGGAUUUGCGGCCAGUUCUCUCAAGUUAUUGCAAUCGUAUUUAAAUAACCGUCCUAAUUAUGUUUCGUACAAUGGUUUUAAGUCCAAGAAUUUUAUUUUCAAUUCCGGAGUCCUCCAAGGGUCUAAUUUCAGUCCUUUGCUUUUUAUUAUAUUUAUCAAUGAUCUAUUAGAGCUUCUUAAUUGUAAAGUACUGGAAUAUGCAGACGGUAUAAAGUUAUACUCUUCAAUUAAUAAUAUCAAUGAUGUUAAAAUUUUUCAAACUAACUUUGAUAAAUUAGUAAAUUACUGCAGUAGUGUUAAACUAGUAUUAAAUAUUGAGAAAUGCUUUUAUAUAACAUUCACAAAGAAAGUAAAUCCAGUGCAUUCUACGUACCUACUAUAAAUGGUCAACAUUUAAAAAAACGCCAAAAGAAUAUCUGUUACCGCUAAAAAUUCCUUCCGCCUCCGGCGCUGUCUGUUCACACCAAAUGCAUCGAAAACCCCUGACAAAAAUCGCAUAUUUGUGAUUAUUCAGUUGUUGCAGUCGUAUGUGUGAUGUGAUCGCAGAAUUUAGGGUUGUGCAGAGAACUGAGCAUAAAUUUAAUUUGUCAAAAACCUCUUUUCAACACCCAAGUUUGCAUUUGCUGAUGUCCCACAUUUAUCGAAAUUGAUACGAAACCACAUUUUUGGACCGUUCAACUUUCAAUAAUUUCGUUUUUAUCAUUAUUAACUUUCGUUAACCGACAACUAAUUGACGUAUUUGACAGAGCGAUUACAAUUCAAGCUGAAAUUCUCUAGACUUCCCUAGCGAAGCUCACAAGGUCGUUGAUGCCACCUGACGUCACAAAUAGAUGCGCGGACGAUUUUUAAAUUGGUACAUCGGAUGCCUAUACCAUGUCCCCUUCUACCAUGGCGUGGCCCACGGCAACUCGGAACUUGCGUGAAAAUCGCUUCUACUGCUUUUAUAGGGACUUUUGCCCAUUUAUUUUGUCUCCCGCGACGUUAGUGAGCCAUUAUGGGUUGCCCGGAACACGACUUUUAGGCCUUAUUUUGCUGUUUUAUAAGGCUUAGUUUGGUUUGACUAGGCUUUCGUCUCGGACGGAUUUACACGAGUUCGGUGUCGUAAAUUUGUCGAUUUUUUCAACUUGCAUUGGCGGGGUUCUUUGAUCUGUUUUUUAUGCGUCUGGGUUUUGCCUGCUACUGUUUUAGUUUGGGUAGGAAUUCUAAUGAAAAUAACUGCGAUUGGCGGCUUUUGUGGAUGUACGGUUCUGCACAUGUUGUACGCAAUGUCUGACAGGCGCAAUGAUGUUUGAAAUUUACGAAUUUUGUUCUUAUGUUUGGGGAUUGGUGGUAGAGUCUGACUACCUGUUUGAAUGGUACUAUGUGCAGAUUUGGACAUGCGUGUUAAGUAAUUAACAUUUAAAAAUUUGCGAAUUUUGUUUUUAUGUUCUGGAGAUGUGUUUUUCGUUUUUUUGUUGUAAUUUUCUCGUGAACUGAUUUAGUAACGGCCCGUCACAACCAAUAACAUUGGUGGCGUUGUAAUGGCCUUAUCUGAGUAUGGUGCGGAGAUCACUUUCACAUUUGUCAAAGUAAUUUUUGAACGUAGUUAAUUUUUGUAAUUUUAUUUUUUGGUGUUAGGUAAAAGAAUCUGCAAAAUCUACUCAGAAAGAA